GUGGUGAAAUAGCCCCUAGGUGGUCGCCAAGGUGACGCGUGCCGGCCGUGAUUGGUCGUGGAUUGGCCGGUCCUGGACCCCCCUCAAAUGGGCGGGGUCCUAUACUACCGUAUCCGAACCGUAGUCGAAAUCCACGGCAAUGUAAGUACACACACUCGCAGACGGCUGUGAUCCUUUACGGUCUUUGAUCCGACGUCGCUUUAUCCGAACAACAACAAUAGUAACAACUCAAGUCUCAGAUUACCUACUAAGGACAAAAGAAAAAGUUGUUGGUAUUCACUUUAAUAAAAAAAAGUAUUCAAGUUUACUUGCUAUCAAAUCGUCAUCGGUCAUGCCGCAUACUGGUCAAGCUGGUGUUAAUCAAUUGGGUGGUGUUUUUGUGAACGGUCGACCUCUGCCCGACUACGUCAGAAGACGGAUAGUGCAAUUGGCUCUGUUAGGCGUGAGACCCUGUGACAUAUCCCGUCAGCUUCUAGUCUCACACGGUUGUGUGUCUAAAAUUUUGACGAGAUUUUAUGAGACCGGUUCGAUACGACCAGGAUCCAUCGGCGGCGCAGGAUUGCAAAAAAAUAAGGCGAGCCAAGGACAUUUUACAAAAAAGAGUGCCAAAUGUAAGCAGCAAGAGGCAAUCAACCGAACGCUUGGGUCGUCGACCGCACCACCGACAAUGCACAAUAUUCCUUGGAUACACCCUUUAGAUUUUUAUUACGAACGGAUCCACCAGCACCAGAGCGACUACGUGCCGAGUGCCAGCAGGCCCAAGCAGGGUGAAAAGAAACCGAGAACCCCUUACACCAUUGAAGAAAUACUGAAACCUACAGCACCGCGACCGCGGACUUCUUCGCCCUGCAGACUCCUCGUGGACGGCAUAUGCACGUGCGGCCUGACCAGCAAUGUUGUUUCCACAGCUGCGUUCUACUUGGACGUUCAACAGCAGCAACCCGUGUGUUAUCAUUAGAUCAUCAUCAGCUAUUUGUAGUGUAUCUAAUUUUUUAUUUUAUGUAUGAAACCCGUAGCUAUACCGAAAAACAAACGAUG